AUGACAAACACUCGUCCUCCAACGAAGCGCAAGGCGAGCGCUCGAGCUCGCGAAGCUACCCAACAUGCCGCUGCAAUCGACGCGGUCAAUGGCAAGAAGCCGAAGAAUGCGCCUGGUCCACCUCCUGCCCCCCGCGCAAAGUCGAAGACAGCAUCUGUACCCUCCACCUCAUCUGUAUCUGCUCCGCCUUCUACUUCGGUACUCACACCUGAAGAGAUUGAAUUCAUCCUCGCAGCGCGCGAGGCGAACAUCCGAUCGGUUCUGAGCACGAAGAUCUCGGAGAAGGCGGUCGAGAGCUCUGAGAGCGACGACGAUGGAUUAUAUGACCUUGAAGAAGUACCUAACGAUAUCUACAGUCGCAACAUGGCACUCCUCGCCAAGGAGCAUGAUGAAGGGCUAUUGAGCGACGAUGAUGAAGCCGAAGAUCCACCCCACAAGAGGGCGAAGCGCUCGCGAGAGGCCCCAGAGGACGGUCCAACCGACGUGGACAUGGUGAUCGCGCAGACAUCCGAUAACCGUAAUGCGCCGUCUCAGCGCCCUGAACCAACCGAGCGCGAUGCCCAGAAGUUCUCGCACGAAGGGACAAGCCCUGUCGAAGUUGAUAGUCUGUCAAACGGGGUACGUCUGCAGUACGACAUCAUUGGACCUACAAUUCACAUCUCCGAGAUCGAGUUCGUGCACGAGACCGUACCGAAGACGCCAAAGAAGGCCAGCGGCAAGAUCAGGCGCAACGACUUCACUCCGCGCACGAGGGGCCUUGCCGACGAGAGCAAGAACAAGGCUCGUGCCUCUGUCAUCUCGCAAGCGUACCCAGCAAGCGUCGAGGCCGCCGAGUGGGCCAUCAUUGGAGGGGUCGUCGAAGGGGCUACGACGGCUCCCAACGGUCAGGUUCUACAAGAUGCGUAUCAGCGUGCAACACAGGACCCUGAAGUUCAACGGCUGCUAUUGACCUACGUACGGAAACUCGCUUUCUCGCUCCUUUUGUGCUCACAAAUGCCCAAGGCUGGUUACGGCCUGACCGCCAUUCGGACAGACCUCAUACGCAAGGCGCGUGCGGAGCUAUGCAAGGAUCUCCGCCUCGGCAAGCUUGACGAGGACAUCGUCAAGCGGGGUGUCUUGUGGGCCCUCAAGAAAAAGAAUUAUGUCUUUGCUGGCCUCGACAUCGAGCACUGCACGAACGACCGAAGCAAGCCAUUUGGCUUUUCCGUCUUUGAGUCUGUCAUUGGUGAGGUUUGCUUCGGCGCUGGCAAGGUCAACAACGACGCCGCGCAAUACAUGAUCGCGCAGCGUCAGGUUCCUCUGAAUUUGAUUGGUCUUGUUGCUGCGAUGAUUGAGCAUUGUCUGAAGGAAUGGCUGUCGGGUGCGCAUGCACUCUCCGACUUCAGCGACGAGAUUGGCCGUGCUGCUCACGCGAAGAACAUGCGUUACGUGCUCAAGAUGCAAACACGGGCCCGGAAGUACAUGAAUAAGUUGCAGAUGACCAUGCUUCGUGAUAUACUACGCGAUCAAGAUAAGCUGUAUGCGCUGGAAGAGGACAGUGACGUGCCCGAAGAAGAUUUUCAAGGUAUUGAUUUUGACGCGUUGGAGAAGGAAGCGGGCGGCCCCAUCGCCACGCAGACGAUGGAUGCUUGA